GCAUGGCGCGAUAUCUGGCCGCCAUUUUAAGGGUUUCCAAGCAACCGCAGCAAAUAGCCCGCGGCGGUGGUCGUAGGCCGCAGAGUUCUGUUCUGUUCUGCUUGUGGGCUUCGGGGUGCAGCUCAAGAGGGCUCCCCGCAGAGGAGAGGAGAAGCGCCUCGUGGCGUCAGACGCGCCGGCCUCGGUCCGCGGGGGGCUGUGUGCAAAGUGCUGCGAGGACUACGGCGCCCAGAGUGCACCGCGAGGCGGGGGCUGUCGCCGUGGCAGCGAGGGGGGGCGGGGGGCGCCUCGUUCUUCUGUGCGGGCAGAAGCUGCCCACGAUGGCCAAGGGCAUCCUAGGAGAAGCUGGUCUCCACUUUGAUGAGCUGAAUAAGCUGCGGGUUUUGGACCCAGAGGUGUCCCAGCAAACACUGGAGCUGAAAGACGAAUGCAGAGCCUUUGUGGACAAAAUCGCAGAAUUUAAAAAAACCGUGGGCAACUUCAUUGAGCUGGUCGAUCAGCAAGCAAAAGCAGCUGAAAACGAGAAGAUUAAGGCAAUAGGGGCCCGGAAUUUGCUGAAAUCGAUCACAAAGCAGAGAGAGGCUCAGCAGCAACAGCUUCAGGCACUAAUAGCGGAGAAGACAACCCAGCUGGAAAGGUAUCGUGUGGAAUACGAAACACUUUGCAAGACAGAAGUGGACCAGAAUGAGUUCAUCGACCAGUUCAUAUUCCAGAAAUAAAAAACCCCACAAUCAGCAGCAAUAGAUUGGGACAACUUGAACCAUUCCAGCACCCUGAGGAUUCCACAGUGAGCAAUUUGCAAUAGUCAUGAAUUGAUUCCAGGGUCACACCAAGGAAGGCUGACAAUUUUUUAAAAGAAAUUUUUGACAGUUUGAAAUACCCAGACCAUGUUUGGAGAAGGUCUGUCCUUGUUGCUGUUAAUUCUGCUCCCUGCCAUUUGGGGAGUCUUUUUAAGUGCAACAUGAUCCAGGGAAAUAAAUUAUUGUUUUUAGAAA